UUCUGCCUAAAUAUAUGUGCAUCUCUACCUCUCCCGCUCUCUUCCUCUCUGCACAACACAGCCAAACACUGCCCUGCCUAACCACACAGGAGAUUUCUUCAACAAAUAUUUUGUGGAUUUUUUGUACAGAAAUCUGAAAUGUAACUCAAACUCGAAUAAUUGGACCUUUUCUCGUUUUGUAUUUUUUUAAUUUAGACAAUCGUAGAUUUUUUUUAUGAUGAUUUGUUGAUUUUGGUCAGAUUUUUGCCUCCUAAUCUGAGAGUGUAGAGAUUGGUAUGUUGUGUGUGUGACUGAGUGUUGAUGGAGGUUUCAGUAAGAGCUUUGUCUGUAUCGCCCAGCAGCAUCAUCAUUUGUGUGAGCGGAGAGUGGAUGGAGUCCUAAUCCCCGUUAACAGAUUCAUUAUCGCUGGGCACAAUCGUGUCGCUGCCUUGUUGUGAAGUCUGGCUGAACGAUCUGCUGCAUGAAUGGGGUUCUGACAUGACGAUAAGGGUCCCUCUGGGGUGUCUUCUCAAUCCUAAUCCCUCUCUCUCCUCCCUCUCUCUCCUCUCUCUCUUGCGCUGAGGGCUCCUCUCUUAUCCAUCAACCUCUCCACUGUUACCAGACAACCAUCCAAUCACAGGCUGUUUAAUAUUUCAAAAACAAAAACAGACCUUGUUAUUUAUUUACAUUUGACGUAUUUUUGGGGUUCAUGUCCCCUAAACCUAUAUAUUUCAGGAUGAGUUUUUUUCCCAAGAGGAUCCAGCAGUGAUGGUUGGCAACGGUAUACCUCAGUGAGUGUGUAGAUAUUUGACAGAACACCAGAGAAGAGCAAGAGAUAGCAGAACACUCUCCCAACGCUACAGUCAAAGUUCCUUUCAACAGGGUGGAGGAGGGGGGGUUAGGCGAUAGAGUAUGGCUGCCAUGGCGACCGUGCCCAGCUACACCCCUUCGCUAUGGGUGAGGAUGUGCCACGCCCUCCCCCGGCUGGACCUCACCAUGACGAUGAGAGACAACCUAUUCAUCCCCGACAGCUGGGAGUACCAACAGACUCUACUGGUCCUCUCUAGUCUCUCGGCCAUUGCUCUCGUUCUCUCCCUCCUCGUCAUUAUCUCCUUCCUUAUACACUACUGCUGCUGUCGCCGUGGUGACCGGAGCGAGGGAUCUGAGGAAGAGGAGGAGGAUGAAGACGGCAGCACUGGCCAUGGAUACGGAGGCAAGAAAGGGCGGGGUAUCUGCUGCGUCACCUGGGUGUCGGUGGCGGCUGUCACACUGUGCUGUGUUGCCAUAGGCGUUGGUUUCUAUGGCAACAGCGAGGCUAAUGAUGGGAUAUAUCAGUUGACCUCAUCUCUUCUCACAGCUAAUUACACACUGGCUUCCAUCGAUCUGCUGGUUUCAGACACAAUUUCUGGGCUACAGCUGUCCAUCGCUGGGCCCCUGACCACUAUGGAGGAGCUGUUUACAGGCAGUAAGCCCUACUUGGUGUCCACCCGGAACUGUAGGAGACUGUCAGAGAACGUGGUGUCCCUGCUCACCUCGCUGACCAUGGCUCGCUCCUCUGACGGGGGUGGCUGGAACAGCAGUAACAAUAGGGGAGAUCCUCCCAUAGCAGCCCUCACCCCUGUGCCCCCCUCCAUGGCCCCCACAGUGGCACCAGUCGGAGGGGUCAUGCCAAGCCCCUUCUCCCCUGGCUGGGCAGCCAACACACUGAUGGUCAACGAGGACUACAGAUGGCUGUCCUACGUGCUGCUGUUGCUGUUGGACCUCCUAGUGUGUCUGUUCAUCCUGCUGGGGCUAGCCAAACAGGCCCGCUGGCUCCUCAUCCUGAUGACGGUGCUGGCCUGGCUGGCUCUGUUCCUGAGCUGGGGAUCCCUGGGCCUGGAGACUGCCACUGUGGUGUCUGUCAGUGACUUCUGUACAGAUCCUAACACCUUUGUGCUCAACUCCACCCACUUCAACUCUGGGACCAGCUCAGACGUGUUGGAUUAUUACCUGACCUGCAGCAGACGUAUGAACAGCCCUUUCCAGCAGCUGCUGACCCAGUCACAGAGGUCCCUUUCCAGCAUCCACACACACCUAUCCAGCCUGGACCGGAAUGCUCUCCCACAGGUCCCCAAGGCAGAGAAGUCACUCAGGGAGGUUCAGCAGAUUCUCAAUGCCACAGAGGGCAACUUUCACCAGCUGGUGGCGCUACUCCACUGUCGAGGUCUCAACAAGGAUUAUAUUGACUCUUUGAAAGGCCUGUGCUCUGAUGGGAUGGAGGGAUUGCUCUACCUCUCUCUCUACUCUUUCCUUUCGGCUCUGGCCUUCACUGCCAUCCUCUGUUCCCUGCCCGGCGCCUGGAGAAGCUUCCCCAGUGAUUCCGAGGAGUAUGAAGAUUCGGACAGCGAGAGCGAGGACCCCUUCACUUCCCAUCAGUACUCUCCCAGCAUGCUGACUGGUUACGGGGGUAGUCAAACACACCCCAACUCCGCCCAUUCAAGGAACCUGUAUUCACGCUAAUUUUUUUUUAUGUUUAAAAAAGUAUAGAAUUUUUUUCUGUUUUCUUAUGAAUGGACACUUUAUUGAGAUGAAGAAUAAAUAACUAAUCCCCAAAAAUCGAGCUUUAGAUGUAAAUUAAAGGUGCGUAACGUCAGUAUCAACAAGGUUGAAUGGCCUGCUGUAGAACCUCACAGUAAGCUAAUGUCAAAUAGAUACAGUAGGUAGCAUGAUUAUGAAGAGGUCUGAACCAGGUUCACUUGGUCAAAGUCACCCCUUACAAUCCCCCUUGUCUGUCCAGUGUCAACAGUUGCGCGGCGAGCCAAAAUGGUAUUGACGUUACAACAUUGUAGUUCUAUAUUUUUUAAAUGUAGCACCAGUUUAUUUUCACGUUUUUAUAUCUAUAUCUUGUUGUAGAGAAACACUGACACGUAGAAACAAGACACAUUUUUGAGUGAAUGAAUAUGCAGUCUCCUCACUUGGUAUUCAACGUGCAAUUUUUAUUUGAUUUACUUUUUAUAAGUGAAAAUUCUGUAUCUCCUUUGUAUUACCUUCUGAUACUAUACAUUUCACUGUUGAUGACAUUAUCUAAAUCAGGGAUGGGCAACUCCUGUCCUUGGGGCCGGAGUGGUGAAUAAACUAAUUGCAUUCUAAACUGAAGAUCAUGAUUAGGCGAUUAUUGGAGUCAGCUGCAGAAGGGACACCAAGUCCCCAAGGACUGGAGUUGCCCAUCCCCUCAUGAAACUUUGCUCUUAAAAAUAACAUUCAAGAGAGGGCUAUAGUACCACCUCUUUGUAGGCUGAAUUGAGAACUACAACUCCCAUCCAACCACGAGACCGUUAGAACUACAAAUCCCAUGCAAUGACAGCAGGCACAUAGCAAUAAAACUCCUGCCACUGGUGCUGCAGUAGCUCUACCGUAAAUAGCAAUAAUAACUAUAUAGCAGUGGGUUUCUGGGGUCUCUAUAGGAUGUUAUGUACAUAUGUGAUGUCAGAUUUCAUUGAACACCCUCCUUGUCUGACCUUGUUAACCCUUGAAUUGCGUUUGUAUGGUAUAAUCAAUGCUCCUUUUGAAUGGCAUCCUUUUUCACUCCAGAGUCUAAUAUAAAUAAAA